AUGUCCUCCAGCUCGCCGCCGGGCGAGCCCAAGAGCCGCAGCCUGGGCCGGCUGUCGCUGCCCAGGAGAGGCAGCAUGACGCCCGGCAAGAAGGCGGCGGCGCUGGAGCUGGCCGAGAGCGCCCCGAACGCCCACUACGCCCCGCUGGCGGCCGCGCAGGGCGGGCAGGCGCCCGCGGGAUGCGGCCCCGAACGGGAGCGGGCGCCGCGGCUGCGGAGCGAGGUGGUGCUGGUGAGCGCCGACUGCCCGCGGCCCCCCGUCAGCCUGGACCCCCGCGUCUCCAUCUACAGCCUCCGCAAGCCCCUGCUGAGCCGCAGCAGCGUCCAGGGCAGGGUCUACAACUUCUUGGAGCGGCCCACGGGAUGGAAGUGCUUCGUGUAUCACUUCACCGUCUUCCUUAUUGUGCUGAUAUGCCUUAUCUUCAGUGUGCUUUCUACAAUUGAGCAGUAUGCAGCUCUUGCUACAGGGACAUUAUUUUGGAUGGAAAUUGUGUUAGUGGUGUUCUUUGGAACAGAAUAUGUGGUUCGGCUAUGGUCAGCAGGAUGCCGCAGUAAAUAUGUUGGAAUAUGGGGAAGGCUCCGUUUUGCUAGGAAGCCUAUUUCAAUCAUUGAUUUAAUUGUAGUUGUUGCUUCCAUGAUAGUUCUUUGUGUGGGCUCUAAAGGUCAAGUCUUCGCAACCUCUGCUAUCAGGGGCAUCCGUUUCCUGCAGAUUUUACGGAUGCUGCACGUUGACCGUCAGGGCGGUACCUGGAGGCUGCUGGGAUCAGUGGUGUUCAUACACAGACAGGAACUGAUAACUACACUCUACAUUGGAUUUCUGGGUCUGAUUUUUUCCUCUUAUUUUGUAUACCUGGCCGAGAAAGAUGCUGUAAAUGAUUCUGGAGAAACAGAGUUUGGCAGCUAUGCAGAUGCCCUGUGGUGGGGAGUAGUGACUGUUACAACUAUUGGCUAUGGAGAUAAAGUGCCACAGACCUGGAUAGGAAAGACAAUUGCAUCUUGUUUUUCGGUGUUUGCAAUCUCGUUUUUUGCACUGCCUGCGGGAAUUCUUGGUUCAGGCUUUGCCCUAAAGGUACAACAGAAACAAAGACAGAAGCAUUUCAACCGUCAGAUUCCAGCUGCUGCCUCACUCAUACAGACUGCAUGGAGAUGUUAUGCUGCAGAAAACCCAGAAUCUUCUACAUGGAAAAUAUACAUUCGAAAACCUGCCAGGAAUUAUCAUUUGCUGUCCCCCAGUCCAAAACCAAAGAAAUCGGUGAUGGUUAAAAAGAAGAAAUUUAAGUUAGACAAGGACAAUGGACCUUCUUCUCCAGACAGGAUGUUGACUAUACCACACAUCACUUAUGAGCACGUGGCAGAAGACAGGAAACCUGAUUUCAGUUUUGAACCAUUUGAAAAUUCUGGACAAACAGGAAAGUUAAAAUUGCUUGAUUGUCAGCACUCCUGGCCAUCCUUUUCCACAGACCAGCAGUCUUCCAGCGCUCCUUCCUCUCCAGUGAAAAAGAGCCCGGCGUUCCUAGAUGUGAACACAGGAGCCUUCAUCAGGACCAGCAGCUUUGCCGAUGAGCUUGACCUGGAGGGCGAGACACUGCUGACCCCAAUAACUCACAUCUCACAGCUGCGGGAACACCACCGUGCUGCCAUCAAGGUGAUUCGUAGGAUGCAGUAUUUUGUGGCAAAAAAAAAGUUCCAGCAAGCCAGAAAACCCUAUGAUGUCCGAGAUGUUAUUGAGCAGUAUUCUCAGGGCCACCUCAACCUGAUGGUGCGAAUCAAGGAGCUACAGAGGAGGUUGGACCAGUCCAUAGGAAAGCCAUCUCUCUUUAUCUCUGUCUCAGAGAAAAGCAAAGAUCGAGGAAAUAACACGAUUGGUGCCAGGCUGAACAGAGUGGAGGACAAGGUCACACAAAUGGACCAGAAGCUGAACCUCAUCACGGACAUGCUGCAUCACCUGGUUUCCCGUCAGCAGGGGGACCAGGGCAGCAAUAGAUCAUCUCAGAGAGGCAACAACAAUGUCACUUCAGAGUUUUUCCAUCCCAACAACACCCUGCCCACCUAUGAGCAGCUGACAGUACCGGGAGGAAAUGAAGACGACAUCUCCUGAUGUGAUGCAAGCCUGGGUUGGGUUGUUCCUACUUUUCUCCUCUGGACAGGACUGAGUGUUGAGAACCUGGGAGAAAUGAAGUUCAUCAUCCAGCCAAGAAAUCAUGAAACUGCUAUAUCUACACCACUAGUCUCAAACAUGCUCUUCUGAAGUUACCCACAGUAGCCAAUGGAUCACCAGGCUGUCUUCCACCAGG